GAGCAGCCAUCACAGCAAAGCGGGCUCGAUGCCGCUCACAGUUCAGACGUCCAAAUCCAGCGAGGCCUUUGCCGCCAGCCUAAACAAGCCACACCUGCCUGCCACAACACGGAGUCACAUCCGCACACCCCCACCAGACAGACCGUCGAGUCUAGCCAGCCAAGACAAGACACAGCAACCUGACAGAGACCACGGGCCCCCUUGUCGUCGUGUGGCCCCGCUCCCAAGGUCGAGGCGGGUUGCGUUGCGCUCUUGUCUGCGCCGUCCCCGACGUGGGAAGCCGCCGACCACACCGUCCCGACGACCGGUGCAGCAACUCCCUCCCCUCCUCUCCGUCUUGCCUCCAGGGGCGUUGGUAGCCGCGGGCAACACAUACACACCCAACUGCCCGCCCAAUGAGGACGAUCCUCGCCAGCAGCAGCAGCAGCAGCGCGACAUCGGACUCUCGGCCUCGGCCUCCGCACCCUCCCCCUCCCACCGCCGCAGACACCACCAGUCGCCGCCAUGUCUGAGCCGACCAACUUCCGCGAGAAGGCGAUACAAACGGUCGGCAAGGCCGUCGAGGCCGACAAGGCGGCCGCCAAGCUCGACGGCGUCGCGCGCGCGGCCCAGUACCAGACCGCCUACGACCUGUACAUGGACGCGUUCGAGCUUUUCAUGAAGGCCAUCAAGUGGGAGAAGUCGCCCAAGAUCAAGGAGAUCCUGCGCGCCCGCAUCGGCGAGUACAUGGACCGCGCCGAGGAGCUCAAGGGCUACCUGGCCGACGCCGAGGGCAAGCGCAAGAAGCCCGGCCUCAUGGGCGCCAACGGCUCCAGCACGGGAGGCACCGCCGACGGCAAGGCCGACGACGGCGAGGGAGGGGCCCCCAAGCUCGACGACGACUCUAAGAAGCUGCGCAGCGCCCUCGCCGGCGCCAUCCUGCAGGACCGCCCCGACGUCAAGUGGGAGCAGGUGGCCGGACUUGAGGCCGCAAAGGCCGCGCUCAAGGAGGCCGUGCUGCUGCCCAUCAAGUUCCCCCACCUUUUCAAGGGCGCGCGGAAGCCGUGGAAGGGGAUCUUGCUGUACGGCCCGCCGGGCACGGGUAAGAGUUACCUGGCUAAGGCGCUGGCGACGGAGGCCAAGAGCACAUUUUUCAGCGUCAGCAGUUCAGAUCUAGUGAGCAAGUGGAUGGGAGAGAGUGAGAGGCUAGUCAAGCAGCUUUUCGCCAUGGCGCGCGAGAACAAGCCGUCCAUAAUCUUUAUCGACGAAGUGGACGCGCUGUGCGGCCCCCGUGGUGAGGGAGAAUCCGAGGCUAGCCGGCGCAUCAAGACGGAGAUGCUGGUGCAGAUGGACGGUGUCGGCAAGGACAGUGAGGGCGUGCUCGUGCUGGGCGCCACAAACAUCCCCUGGCAGCUCGACUCGGCCAUCCGCCGCCGCUUCCAGAAGCGCGUCCACAUCAGCCUACCCGACGUGGCAGCCCGGGCCGACAUGUUCAGGAUCUCGGUCGGCGAGACCCCGACGGAGCUGUCGUCGGAGGACUACAGGAAGCUGGCGCUCAAGUCGGAGGGCUUCUCGGGUAGCGACAUAGCCAUCGUGGUCCAGGACGCCCUCAUGCAGCCCAUCCGCAAGAUCCAGCAAGCAACACAUUUCAAGAAGGUCCCCUGCAAAGUCAAAAAGGACGACAGCGAACAAUACGUCGACAUGGAAAAGUGGACGCCGUGCUCGCCCGGCGACAAGGCGGCGCAGGAGAUGACGUGGGAGCAGGUCGAGUCGGACGAGCUGCAGGAGCCCUCGCUCGACGUGCGCGACUUUGAGAGGUCCCUGGCCUCGAGCAGGCCAACCGUCUCGGGCGAGGACCUGAGCAGGAAUUCGGAGUGGACCGCCGAGUUUGGAAGCGAGGGGGCUUAGCAUGGCUGUGUGCGUGUGUGUGUGGGAGUGUGUGUGUGUGUGUGUGUGCGUGUGCUUGUGUUGUUGUUUUCUCCUCCCCUUGUUUCUUUUGCUAGACUUUCUGUUCUUGACGCUUUGGUUGUUCCCAUUUCUUGACAAGCCGUCGAAAGCAAAAAGAAAAGAAAAGAAAUAUCACGAAAGAGGUCGGUUUACAACAAGUUACACCUAUAAUAAACCCAAGCACAGAUCUCAGCAUUGGAGUAUGGAUGGCAUUCUGUUCUUUGUCAAGAAAGCGAAGAGGGAAGAAGUGUUGCCCACACGCGAGCAUAAAUAACGGCAACGUCCAGGCGGUAGAUUUUUGUUCAUUCCAUCUGUCUGUAAAUGUGAUGGGUAUGAUGUACAUGUUUUGGAGUGAGAAAGAAAAAGCCCUUAACACCGAGAGACCCUUACAAAUGAAC